AACCGGGUGGGCUACUGAUUUUUACAAUUUUCGCCAUAAUUUCGUAUAUUGUUCUAAAUAAAUAAUUGUUCUUCAACAUUAAUUAUAAUUACGUUUUCUGACGAAUUAUUUAGAAUAUCCGAUUUGAAAUUCAGUUAAAUUUGCACGAUUCUUGGUGGUGAAACUAUAUUUUCUAAAUUUUAUCAUCUUGUAAUACGUAAUUAAUAAUAAUAUAAGGUUUCUCUUGGUUAUCAGUUGAUGUGGUUUUAAAAUAUUAAACCAUGAACGCUAUAAGAACACAAACUUGUGCUUUGUUACGUGUUAAUUCUUCCGUUUUGGUGUGUAGCGUCCGCUACGCUCGAAAACCUCGAUGGGUGCCGAUGGCAAAAUCGAAAAUGUAUAAAAUUAAAGAAAUGCCUUAUCGUCCUGUUUUGGAAGGAGAGGAAAUUCAACGACUGCAAAAUAAUUACCGAAUAUACUCGGGUUCGCUAGUAGCCUUUCAAGAAAAAAUAUCCGAGGAAGAAUCAGCCAGAAGUCUUACCGCGACGAACGAGGGGAGCGAGGAGCAUGAGUGGGGGAGAAUAUUAGCCGAAACGGAACGCGAUAAUGCCAUUGUUAAAGAAAUCCGAGAAAAACAAUUAGUUGAAGAAUGGAGGCAAAUCGAGGCAGACAUAUUAAAAGAAAAAACACUGUUGGAAGACAAAGCUCUGCAAGAUAUGAAAAUUACGGAGGAAAAAUUGCAUCAUCAACUGAAUAAAUUGAAAGACAUAAUCACGGAGGAUAAACUGGACGAAGCGAUUGCAAAGGCGCUCUCUGUGCAAACAGAUUAUAAUUUCGCGAUAGAUAAAGACGACCGGGUUUAUCUCGGGAGGAAAAAUAGUGACAAACCACAAGACAUAGCUAAUGUUACCACAGAUCUUUCGACUAGUAGAAUUCAGUACCCACCACCGGUUUGAUAUCAGCAAUAUAAUUAAUAUGGCUUUCUAUUUUUAGGAGUUACCAAACAGAUUGUAGUUAAGUUUAGUUGUUUUGUAAUAUUUAAUGCCAAAAAAUAGAGAUGCUGAAUAAUAUGACAAUAAAUUUAAGUGUUUUACGCAA